AUGGAAGGACGGUUUUCAGCUGUCGCGGCUCUUAUGCUAGUGUGCUGCCAUGGGCUUCCGACAGAGACGUCCAAGUCUGCGGCGCUGGAAGCACGACAGCAGGCACGAGGAUGCGGUCCAGCAGAUGUUGGCAGUGGGAUGAGCAUUCUAGCGCAGAAUGAUCUCUACGGCAAGAACUCCAGUCGAACAAACGCAGCACUCGUCCUAUCCACCUCUAUGACGAACUCGGACGCUCAGGCAGCUUGCUCGUAUCUCGGAGAGUCGCUCUGGUCUCCAUCGUCCGACGCCCAUGAGUUCUUGGGGUACCUCGCCUACCAAGGCCAAGUCGGACCGUUCUGGACUGCCGGUCACGAGGACUCGAGCUGCAGUACCAUCACGGCCACUGGCCAGCAAGGCAUGAGUGAUUGCGGUCAGCUCUGGCCGGUCCUCUGCACGCAGUCGGCUCCGAUCAGCACCUCCGGUCACAUCGACAACUCGACUGCAUGGCGAUCGACCGUAGCGUCUGGCGAUCAGAGCUGGACAGGGUUUAGAGAUAGGUUUGCGUUCCGUUUUGAAGGGGUGAGGUAUGCUGCCCAGCCGGAGCGGUUCACAUAUAGUUCUCUCUACAACGAAUCCGGACAUUCCGAUGCUCUAGAUUUCGGAAGCCAGUGCGUCCAAGCUGGGAAUGUGGGCUCGGAGGACUGUCUCUUCCUCAAUAUCUGGACACCGUUUCUCCCGGGCGACGAAGCGACUCAGAGGGAGCUCAAGCCGGUGUUCUUCUGGAUCCAUGGAGGUGCUUUUACCGGAGGCACUGGAAGUGAUCCGACGCAAGAUGGUGGGCCUCUGGUUAGUCGAGGAGAUGUCGUGGUUGUCACGAUCAACUACCGCUUAGGAACGCUGGGAUUCCUGGCGCUUGAGGAUGGAGAGACGAAUGGCAACUUCGGGAUCGCUGAUCAAAUAACUGCUCUGCAGUGGGUACAAGAGCAUAUCAAGGCUUUUGGAGGCGAUCCAAGCCGUGUGACGAUUGCUGGACAGAGUGCUGGAGCAGCUAGUGUACGAGCUCUGCUGGCGUCUCCGAAAGCUGCUGGCUUGUUCGCAGGCGCCAUUCCACAAUCUAACUUGGCAGGCUUGAACUACGCUCACACCUAUUCGGACUGGUACACCAUCGAACAGGAGGUCAACAUGUUCGUAGAGCCAAUUCUCAACGCCACGAACUGCACCACAGCAUCAUCCCAUCUCGCCUGUCUACGCAACGCCAACCCCUACUUUCUCGCGAACCAGAGCGACCCCGAUAGAGCGCGCUACCUCGUCGUCGACGGCACAUACCUCGUCACCGACCAACUCGAAGUCACCGGCAACGGCCCCAUCAACUCCGCCUACGUAAUGACGGGCUUCAUGCGCGACGACGGCGCGGCCUUCAUCUCCUACCCCGAACCAAACGACACCCUCUCCAGCUUCAUCAAAAGCAACGGCUUCAACCUCCCCCGCAUCGGCGCACUAUCCACCUACCCCACCCCCUCCGGCCCCAACGCCACCCUCGACAUCUUCAACACCACCGCCCGCAUAGCCACAGACUCCGAGUUCCGCUGCCUCGCCUUCGCCUCCGCCUACAGCGCGACCCUGCACUCCACCCUCUGCGAAAUCUACUUCUACGAAUUCAACCGCAGCUACCAAUCCAUCGGCUACUCGCCCAACUACCCCGUCUGCGAAGCCCCUCCCUCCCCCGGCCACCCGUACGGCGACCCGAGCAAAGAGUACUUCAAAUGCCACUCGGGCGAGCUCUACUACACCUUCGGCACGAUCGCGUUUGUCGGCCUCCCGCCACGGGACGAGCAGGACAUUCCAAUGGCGCAGUUCGCGGUCGAUACCUGGGCGUCGUUUGUGCGGACGUACAAUCCGACGCCGGAUCCGGCGUUCUUGGCUGUGAGGGGGUUUACGAAUACGAGUGAGGAGGUUGCGAGGGGUGGGGGGCAGUGGGAGCCAGUGCAGGCGGGGAAGGCGAUGCAGUUGCGGUUGAUGGAGUAUCCGAGUGCCGAGGAGCCGUUUUAUGUCUAUGGUGGGAAGGACGAGUGUGAGCAGUUGGGAUUCCCGAUUGAUUUUUAUGAGAGGCGGACUUAG